UUUUUUCUCGUUUCAGUCUACGGAGUAUCCGUACUCUACGACUUGCUUACCUGGUCUGAGCGUAUAGGUGCUAUGAUGCCCGGCGAUUUUCUCAUGCAGACAUGAAAACCCGAUCGUAUGGAACGAGUCCAUACAUACACACAGAAGCACAAAAUGUAGCCACUCUCCGGAUUCACCGUCCGAUCUCAGCUGGUACCCUCCUUCGCGCUGGAGUUUAGGGCGUUAGCAGCAUGCAUGUGUCCAGAAUCGUCGCAAAAAGUGGAGCCUGGCAGUUGAGAGUUGAUGGAUGGAUUGACCCAGAAACAUGUCAGUCCCAGUUAUUUUACGCAGUACAGCAGGUAAUCUAUCAGUACAAUACAUACUUCCAGCACGCGCAACGACAAUCCAGCAGAAGACCCUUUUCAGGGCCUUGAUCCGAAGCGCCAAAAGACACAGUGUGGCUGAGGCGGACCUGAUUUGGGAAGUUUCGAAUGGUUCCCACGUCCGUCAGACGAUUGGAACUCGCAUCUAGUUUCCACCCAAGUCUUGGCUGGAAAGUCUGUUCUUUUAGUUUGUGAUUAGUUUCGAUUCAGUGCUAUUAUUUAUAUUGUAUUUAUUUUCAGUCCAGUAUACAUUGUCAAGUGUGUCAAAGAUCAAGUGGAUGGGUCCAAUAGAAGUGUCAAUGUGUGUGACUGUACAAUACUCAAUGUAUGUAUGCAUGUAUGCAUGGAUGUAUGAUUUAAAUUCUAUCAAGAGAGGAAAUAUGUCCGGAUGUGGCCUGCUUCCCAACGCCGGAAACGUCACACAGAUACGACAGCCGACAUGCUCUAGGAUUGAAUUUGAAAGACAUUGUAGAGACUACUGUUGUAACCUUUGGGCGCCAAAUAAGCCAUCCAGAUUUGGGCUGUCGCUACCACCCUCUUGGUAGAAGUUGCAGAUUGUACCGAAGUCGGGUAUGGUGCAAUGUAUGAAUUCAUGUAUGCUGUAGGUAUCCUGUACAUACAUACCGACAGAUGUACUCCGUCCAUACGAGGUAAGGACUGAAUGUGGUAAAGAAAACAUACCAAUCGCAGGAGGGUUGGCUAAGCCCCAAUGCAGACCCACUUUUUGGGUGAAAUGCAUCUUUGUUCAGAUCUGACUAAGGAUGUCCUGUUUCAGCUGUCCCUUUGAACAUUCCGCUGAACGAAACUCGGCAUUUCCCACCGAGGACCACCCCACUUCCAUCUUGGUGUGUGAAGAUCAUCCGAUACUCGUUUUGGUGAACAGUCUCCGCCACCGGUGGAUACAAGUUAGUCGCUUAUGCUCAGCUGGGAUGUGCAUUUCCAAGUAUAGCCCUUCUGCUGAAAUUCAAACUUAAUAGUACAUCCGAAGGCAAGCGUUGUGAAUGACGCAAAGCCUUGAGAGUCAUACAGACGAUAAGCGAACGAAAUAAUAAGAAUUUAGGAAAAAUAAAAAAGUAAAAAAAAAAAAAGUAAAAA